GAAGGUUGAGUUUUCAGUAGUAUAGUUGAUGAUAAGAGCUUAGAGCUCUUGAUGAUAAUGUCCGUCGACAGUUGCCGGACUGAGAGAAAUCCGGCCGGCGAGAUAAGUUUAUAGUAUUCCGUAGAGAAGAACUAGUUUAGCUGAGGUGUGAAUUGCCUUUGAAUGAACAGCGUAUUCACACUCCAAAUGCUGCAUCCUCUCUGCAAUUAUCGACCCCUCCCAAACCCCUCACCGGCAAUUUUCUUCUCCUUUCCAUUUCCGACCUCUCAGAGCCCUGUACUGCGCCGCAGAGUCGAGCUCGGCCGCGCCUCUGUUGUUGUAUCGGCGGCCGAUACAAAAGCUGUUUCUCAAUCCGCCAUCGAACGAAUCGCCGAGAAGCUCCGUAGCCUGGGCUACGUGGAAGACAAUGGCCAGAAAGGAAAACCAGAGGAAACGCGACACUCGGAGGUGAAUUCCGCUUCUCCUGGUCAAAUUUUCGUUCCCUUGCCCACUCAAUUGCCCAAGUACCGGGUGGGCCACACGCUCGACCCGAGUUGGAGCACGCCCGAGAACCCGGUACCGCAGCCCGGGUCAGGGAAUGCUAUACAGAGAUUCCAUGAUAUGCGGAAUGAGUUGCUCAAGGCAAAGGAGGAAGAGAGAGUGAAGAAGAAAGACAAAGCCCCUUCUCUGGCUGAGCUAACAGUGCCUGCGCAGGAGCUGAGUAGGCUGAGGACGAUAGGGAUUGCGCUGAAGCAGAAGAUUAAUGUUGGGAAGGCUGGGAUUACAGAGGGGAUUGUGAAUGGCAUUCAUGAAAGAUGGAGGCGGUCUGAGGUGGUGAAGAUCAAGUGUAAGGAAAUGUGCAGGUUGAACAUGAAGAGAACUCAUGAUAUGCUGGAGAGGACAACGGGAGGUCUGGUUGUUUGGAGAUCGGGAAGUACCAUAAUAUUGUACAGAGGAGCUGAUUAUAAAUAUCCUUACUUCCUUUCUGAUGAUACUUCAUCAAAUGAUGCUAUCCGUGAUGUUUCUAGUGAUGUACAUAUGGACUGUGGAGGAGAUGAUGUAAGAGAGACUAGCUCGGUGGGGAUGGAUGGUGUUAAAUCUGCCGGAUUAAAUGGAGGUUCUUAUCCAUCUCUGGUAAAGGGUGUAGGUUCCCCAAAUAAAGUAAGAUUUGAACUACCUGGUGAGGGAGAACUUGCUGAAGAAGCUGACCGUCUGCUUGAAGGACUUGGUCCACGUUUUACUGAUUGGUGGGGAUAUUAUCCAUUACCGGUAGAUGCCGAUCUUUUGCCAGCUGUUGUCCCUGGGUAUAGGAGGCCUUUCCGCCUACUUCCAUAUGGAGUGAAACCUAUAUUAACAAAUGAUGAAAUGACAACAUUAAAGAGACUUGCUCGGCCUCUACGGUGCCAUUUUGCUUUAAGCAGAAAUAGGAAGCUUCAAGGGUUGGCUGCUGCAAUCGUGAAGCUUUGGGAGAAAUGUGAAAUAGCAAAAAUUGCUAUAAAAAGAGGAGCACAGAACACCAACAGUGAGCUUAUGGCUGAAGAGCUGAAGCUGCUGACAGGGGGAGUCUUGCUAGCUAGGGAUAAGGAAUAUAUUACCCUGUACAGAGGAAAGGAUUUCCUGCCUGCUGCAGUUUCCUCGGCCAUAGAAGAGCGGAGAAAACAAGCAAUUAGAGAAAAACACAGAAAAGAUUUUAAUUCACAGGUGCCUGAUGUGAAGGAACCAACUCAAUCAAGGGAAGCUGUGCAACCCAUCGUGGAAUUUGCUUCUGAGGAUGAGAGUACUGGUAAAAAUAACAAGAAUGUUGUCCCACGGAAAAAACAGUUAAAUUCAACAGAAGCAGCUAUCGAAAGAACUACAAACAAAUUAAAAGAUGCACUGGAAAAGAAAGCUAAGGCAGAGAAACUUCUGGAAGAACUGGAUAAAGAAGAGAUUUCCGAACCACCUGAUUUAGAUAAGGAAGGUUUAACUGAAGAAGAAAGAUAUAUGCUGCGUAGGGUUGGUUUGAGAAUGAAGGCUUUCUUACUCCUAGGUAGACGAGGAGUAUUUGAUGGAACAGUUGAAAACAUGCAUCUUCACUGGAAGUAUAGGGAAUUGGUGAAGAUCAUAGCUGGGAGGAAGAGCAUUGGAGAGGUUCAGCAAAUAGCGAGAAUGCUAGAGAGAGAGAGUGGUGGAAUUUUAGUUGCUAUUGAGCGAACCAGUAAGGGUUAUGCAAUCAUUGUUUACCGUGGGAAGAAUUAUACACGUCCUGCUUCUUUGAGACCUCAGACACUUUUAAGCAAAAAGCAAGCAAUGAAGCGUUCUAUAGAGGCACAACGUCGUCAGUCGUUGAAACUUCACGUGUUGAAGCUUAACCGGAACAUAGAAGACUUGAGGCUAAAAUUGGUGAAAGAUCGGGAAAUAAAUGAUGUCCAACUGAGAGAGUUAAAAGCUGGAGAAGCUUGUAUUAACAAAUCGAAAGACACCAUGCACCCUGCUCAACAGGAAUUGCAACAAGACUUAUCUAUCCAAUCUGAGAAUAAGGCUGAAGUUGAGUUUGAUACUAGUGAACCAGAGAAUUGGGACAAAUCAUCCACUAAGGAAAUUAAAAUUGUGCUGAAUUCAGAAGAUGGAAGCUAUACAAAAGACCAGGAAAUAAAUGAUGUCCAACCCAGAGAGUCAAACGUUGGAGAAGAGGAGCUGCAAAGAGAUUUCUAUGUGCAAUCUGAGAACAAAGCUGAAGUUGAGUUUGAUACUAGUGAACCACAGCAUUGGGACAAAUUGCCCGGUAAUGAAAUUGAAAAUAUGCCAAAUUUGAAAGCAGAUGAUGGAAGCUCUGGGACUCCAUCUAAUCCUCAUUGUUCUAGGCAGGAGGAUCAGAUAAGUCCUAAAAUCCUCAACGGAACCAGGAAGAGGCUAGAUUUUGACAUGAAAUCGAUGGUGCCUCAUGUUGGUUCUCUAAAAACAGAGGUAGAACAUUACUCCACAGAGAACAGAUCCAAUGACGCACCUUCGAGAACUGUGCAACUUUCCAACAGAGAAAGGCUUGUUCUUCGCAAACAAGCUCUCAAGACAAAAAAGCGUCCAGUACUUGCUGUAGGGAGAAGCAACAUUGUUACUGGUGUGGCCAAAGUGAUCAAGGCACACUUUCAGAAGUAUCCUCUUGCCAUAGUGAACGUUAAAGGCAGAGCAAAGGGUACUUCAGCCAGGGAGGUCGCAUUCAAACUGGAGCAAGCUACGGGCGCUAUCCUCGUUUCUCUAGAACCAAACAAAGUCAUAUUGUACAGAGGUUGGGGAGCGGAAGGUGAAGCCACUCGUGGCAGCGGUGGAGCUCCUAGAGAUUUGAAAACCGGAGAGCAGAAGGUCCGGCCGCCUAUUUCCCCUGAGCUUUUAUCAGCAAUCAGACUCGAGUGUGGCCUGCAAUUGAACCGAGAAGAAGAAGCAAAAUUACAGUAAUUUAAAAAUUUUGAAACAACAUUGAAUAUGCAAAAUGGUCUGUCAAAGUUGUUAAUAAUGUUCAUUGAGACAGGUGUAAUUGUGCAGGUCUAGUAAAGUUAGUUUUACUUUUGGUUCGUUGUAGUGGCAAUUUUAACUUUUGUAGUCAAUUUAUAAUUUUCAAACAUUUCAUCACAUGUGUUUAUAAAUUAUUUCAGUAUUGUUCGAUCCCCUAA